AGCUACGUCCUGGCUCAUAGUUCUUGCCUUGCUUUGACGAAGCAAAUUUAUUUUUCAGCACUGUCAAUCGGAGUGAAGACCUGUGAACAUGUCAAACACGGCAGCAGACGGAUGUGGAGGAAGUGUUGCUAAAGGCAACAAAACAAAAACAGACAGUGCGGCAUGCACGGAGAACCUAACAGAGACUGAUUACUUCAUCAGGAGCUCUUUAGCUUUGAAUCCUGCCGAGGAGUACAAGAUGGACAACAAACAACGAGGCCUUGCACUCAUCUUUAACCAGGAGCGCUUCUUCUGGCGCUUGGGGUUAAGUGACAGGCAUGGAACCAACGCUGACCGUUACAAUCUGGAGAAAAGACUGAAGGAGCUAAACUUCGAAGUGAAGGCUUACGAUAACUACAAACAGGAGGAAGUCUUAGAUAAAAUCAGUGAAGCCGCAGAAGCCAACCAUUCAGAUGCAGACUGCUUUUUGCUCGUCUUCCUGAGCCACGGCGAGAACGAUCACGUUUACACCUACGAUGGCAAGAUCAGCAUUCAGGACAUCACCUCCCUGUUCAAAGGAGACAAGUGCAAGAGCCUCGUAGGAAAGCCAAAGAUCUUUAUAUUACAGGCAUGCCGCGGAGACAAGCACGACAAUCCAGUGACUGCCUGUGAUGUCGUGGACAGUGAGCUGAAGACGAAUGAGGUGGUGGUGGACGCUAGUGCCGUACACACCCUGCCUGCUGGGGCUGAUUUCAUCAUGUGCUACUCUGUGGCUGAAGGGUACUAUUCCCACCGGGAGACCAUCAACGGCUCCUGGUACGUCCAGGAUCUGUGUCAGCUGCUUCAAACGUAUGGGGACUCCCUUGAAUUCACAGAAUUACUGACGCUGGUCAACAGGAAAGUGUCGAUGAGGAGUGUUGGGAACUGUAGCGACUUGAACGCCAUUGGGAAGAAGCAAGUACCUUGCUUUGCUUCGAUGCUCACCAAGAAACUCUACCUCCGACCAAAAAAGUAACAGUUUAAAAUGAGCUGGUUUUAUACCUGGGAAACAGGGGCUGGAAGAUUUUCAAGAAUUUAGCUGUUUUUCUUUAGUCCUCCACUCUAUUUUUGCUCAAACACUCUUUAUUCACAUAUGCAUUGAAUCAUCAGUCAAAUGGCAGCCAUAGUAGUUUCAGUGAAAUCAGUGGUUAUAAAAUAACAGGAACAAAUUGUAUUCACAUGCUGACUAUUUCUGGCCUCAGGCCAUCACUACACUUCCUAAUGCCAUUCAAAAUUGUGGUUUCAUUUAUCAUGUAAAGUUUCUUCUGGAGAAACCAGAUUUCCUGGCUGGGUUAAACCCUGACCUGGUUUAUAAAGGGCUUUCAGUGUUUUGUAUUUGCAUUUCAAAGAAUCAAAAGAGGGAAAGUAUCUGUAGAGGGUGAAGGAGAAAUCUGAUAUUUGAUUGUCUGUAAAAAUCAAUUAAUUCAUCGAUCAACUGUAAAAUAUCCUGCCUCUAUUUCUCACAACUCAUUACCAAACGUGAGGGAUCCCUGCAAAAAAAUGCCAGGGUUUCACCACAGCAGAGGUUCGCCAAAAACAAAUAAAACCACCUCCUUAACAUAAUACAAGUUGAUAUACUUUUACAAAAUAAAACGUCAACCUUUAAGGAAAAGAGUAGAGGUAUUUUCCAAUAUCUACCAAUUUGUUUUUAAUUCCAAUACUAAUUUGCCCCCCAAAGUCCAAUGUAAGGGUGAUUUUAUAUUCCAUACUAAUUUAUAAAACUAUAAUGUGAUUUCUUUGCUUAUAUAUAUGACAGAAAUAUGUUGACUCAAAUCAAGGGUAGUUUCUAAGACCAUGAUGUAUGGUCUUGUUGUAUUCAAUUGCAUUAUGUUUUAAGGUGUUCCUAUUAAUUUGUCCAACCACUGUAGAUCAGUAGACAUUUUGCACUUUCACGAAAUUGCUUUUAAACUUCAGGAAAAUUAUGGGCCACGUUGUGGCGUUCCUGUCUUAGCCUUUUGUCACAUAUUGCUUGCUUCUUUAAUCCAGUUUAAACUACUGUAGCACCACGCAAUUGUUGCCUUAUCCUGCAGCCAACUUUUUUUUUUCUUAACAAGAAGACAGUUAAGUUGACAUCCACAUGAAAGCUUUCCUCAGACUCUGAGGAUGCUGGAAAUGUAAAAUGAGACACGUGACGUAACAGCAUGACAGCCAGGUCAUUAAUGAUUUUGGUCACAUCAGGGUUUUUAUACAUUAUUAUCUCUCUAUAUGCACCUAGUGAUAUCUCUCAUCUCCAGGUACCAGAUAAACAUGCUGUUUGUAUUCAAACUCACUCCAUCAAAAAGGGAAUUCAUGUUUGUGCAGUUCUUUGUGUUGUAGCAGUUUACAAUACUACAUUUAAUAAUGCUUAUUUGCACCCAACAUGGCAACAAACACCUGUGUGGAAAAAACCUCAGGGAGGAGGCUGUACUGUGGACCUGUAACACAUGAUCUGUGACUCAGGAAAAACAAAGUUACCAGCAUACAUUGAUCCUGUAUUUUUGUGGUCUUACUGUUGUGACUGUAUAAUAAAAUCUGUGGGACAUUUUAGUUGCUCCAGUUACAGUGAU